AUGGCAUCAAAGCCCGUCACUCUACAAAUUCGCCCACGUGGUAAACCUAUCAAGGCCUUACCUGAGACCAUCGAUCUAAAACCCAAUGCCACUACUGGCGACCUGUAUUCUGAGCUCGCGCGAAGAACGAGAUAUUCGGUUCAUCGGUUGCGCGUGACGAAAGGCUCCGACGGUAGCGCGCUUCCGAAAACGAAAGACACAUCCAUUCAUUCCUCCGGUCUUCGUGAUCAAAGCACGGUUUUUGUCAAAGAUCUCGGCCCACAAGUCGCAUGGCGGACGGUCUUCCUGGUCGAAUACCUGGGGCCGCUAUUGAUACACCCAUUGAUGUAUGCACUUCGACCGUACAUUUACCCAUCAGCAGCAAAAGACGCAUCGCAAAUUCAGAAGCUAUUAUGCUGGCUAAUAUGCAUACAUUUUGUCAAGCGAGAGUUGGAGACGCUCUUCGUCCAUCGGUUCUCUGCCGCUACGAUGCCUCUUCGGAAUAUCUUCAAGAAUAGUUUCCACUAUUGGAUUCUGUCAGGAGUCAUGGUUGCAGCCUUUAUUUAUUCUCCAUUUUCUGCUACGGCACAAGAUUACAGUCGCCUGCUCUUAUAUCCUGGAUUGGUUCUCUAUGUGCUCGGAGAAUUUGGAAAUCUCCAAGCACAUCUGACUUUGAGGCGACUGAGAAGCUCCGGAGGCUCGGAACGGGGCAUUCCACGGGGCCCGUUGUUCAGUCUUGUUACGUGCCCAAACUAUUUGACGGAAACUAUCUCGUGGGUUGGGGUCUACUUGAUCAGCGGCCUCAGCUGGGGUGUUCUGAUCUUCCUCCUGGUGUCUGUGGCUCAAAUGGCUCAAUGGGCGAAAAAGAAAGAACAUAGAUAUCGCAAAGAAUUUGGGGAUAAGUACAAGAAAAAGCGGUACACAAUGCUGCCAGGUAUAUGGUGA